AUGUCAUCGUCAUCGAAUUCUCAGUGUGCAGCAUGCAUGUAUCAGCGCAGAGAAUGCACCCAGGAAUGCAUUUUCGCGCCGUAUUUUCCGUCUGACAACCCACAGAGGUUUGCCAAGGUGGACCAGGUGUUCGGAGCGAAUAAUGUGGCCAACCUUCUAAGCGAGGUGAACGCGGCGCAGCGUGAAAAUGCUGUCGAGUCAAUGGUUUAUGAGGCAGAGUUACGCCUGCGAGAUCCAGUCUAUGGUUGCCUUCGUGUGGUCUCUGUUCUCCAACAAAGACUGAAACAAUUGCAGACUCAACUCUUGUAUGCUAGGAAUGUACUUGUCUCCUACACCGGAGAGCAGGCUAUCAUACCACCAUCUUCUCUUACCAAUUUCCACCAAUUACCCCCCACUACUUCUCCUCUUCCUCUUUUUCCCUUCAACGAUAUCAUUUCUCCUCAAGAGGUUUUUGCUUCUCAAAACCACAUGUCUCUAAUUUCACCUUCUCUGGUCACCGCUGACAAUUCUCAUGGUCAAAUUCAAAAUAACCAGCAUCCUCUUCAUCAUGACCAAAUGCUUUCACCACAAUCAUAUGAGUUUGAGGAGCAGCCUAAUUCCGAAAGCGACGAGAGUACAAGCACUGAUCCAUCUUAUUAA